AUGUUCACCCACGAAUGCGUGUCCAAACACGACUCCAACACCAUUAUUGAGUUUGCUGGCGACCCAACAGUAGGCCUGAUCAACGACAACGAUGAGUCAGCACAUAGGGAGCAGGUCAGAGAACUGGCAGUGUGGCGGUGUGGGUUUCUGGGUAAGAUGAUGAUGUCAGUGAAAGCCAGUGUGUUCUUGCUGGUGCUCUACUUUACCACACAGAUCUCAGGGUUAGAGGUGAAGUCAGUUCCAGAAGUCAGUGGAGGCUUUGUCCACACAGAGCUGGAGAAGACAGUGUCUCUGACCUGUCUGUCUGAGCCCCAGGAGGAAGAGCUGGUGUGGCUGAGGAACGGUCAGCUGGUCAGCAUUGCAGCGGGCAACACCUGGGGCAGCAGCAGGCUCUGUGUCACGCCCGUAACCCACCUCGACCACGCCGCCAUCUUUACCUGCCAGAUGAAGAACAAUGCCAGCGUCAACGCCUCAGUCCAGCUGGAGGUCACCUACGCCCCGUUGCACUCUGGGAAGGAGGAGGUGUCGGUGGAGCAGACUAGGGAGCUGGAAUUGUCAUGUGACGUCUUUGCCAAUCCCCCCGUCGUGGUGUCAUGGCAACAGCACGGAGACCCCAUCCACCUAUCAGAGGGCAGCUUCCUACUGUCCAACGACGGCGUUAAGUCUCGUCUGAAGGUGGGCCGGGUGGACAGGGCAGUACACCAAGGUCCCUACAGCUGUGUGACGUCAUCGCCCAUUUACCCAAAUCGCACCAAAUCUUUUGAAGUCACUGUCACAGACAAGACCCUUCAGUUCCAGACAGACCUGAUCUUUCCCAUGGUAGCAGGCCUGGUGGUGAUAGGCUGUACCAUAUUGCUCGCCAUCGUCUCUCGCUGGAGGUGGAUCACACAGUGCUGCAAGUAG